UUUUUUAUAUUUUUUGCUACUCACAAAUGAAUGCACCUUUUCAGAAAACUUUGUAGAUUCAUAGUGUAUUCCCAAAUCUACACGUGGGGGUUUCUUUUUACAACAUGUGCAUGCACUACUGAUUUUGUUUUUUCAACAAGUAGACCACUUUGAGCCCGGGAUCCGAAGCAGUUACCACCAGUACAUCAGCUCUAUCAACCCAUUCAAAUAAGGGAAACGUGGCAGAAAUGGAGAGAUAAUACUGGUACUACUCACACUGCAAUCUCCAACAUAUGUUAGUUAAAAAAAAAGUCGUAGUUGGAAAAGAACAGAAAACUGGAUAGCUAUCAGCGUACCACAUUGUUAUUGGCAAGAGAGGCUUACAGUAGGUGGAGUGUAGCUCUCCCUAUAUCACCAGCCGGCUAUGCAUUCCAACUGCUUCUGCUGCUUGGGUCCCAAUCACCAAAGAAUAUGCAUGAUGGCGAUCGAUCGAUCGGUCACAAUGAUCGAUCGCGGAAUUAUUCUCGAUCAAGAGACCAUUCCAACGAUAAGAUUCCUCCAUUGCCAAUUUUUAAAACGCGCGCCAGUGUCUGACAGACAGUUCACGCCAUGUACAUCUAUUCAUAUCCACUCGCUGGAGCCGAAGCCGGAGCUAUAUAUACAGUCAGCACGAGCCGUACCCAGCAUUCCAUCCAGAACACAAGACCUGCCUACAGGCUUAUUAUCACUGCUGCUAGCCUGCUUCUGCUUCCAGUUUCUCAUACACAUGGAGAACACAACAUCGCCACAAUCUUCAUGCACCAGCCAGCCAGCGUCGGCGGCGUCGUCCAUGUCGGCCGGCGAGAGCAGCUGGGCGAUGCACUUUGCAAACUUCGUGGCAUCAACAGACAACAGACAGGAGAUGGAUCAUCAAGGAGGAGAAGCCUCUGAAAGUGAUUUCUCCUCUGGCUUCUCUUCCUCAUUUGAUUCCUUGGGUGAUGGCUCCGACACCGACUCCUUCCUCACGUCGGACCUCAUGGAUGAAGACGAUGAGGAUGAUUCUCUGCAGGACACUGCUUGUUCCUCCGCAGCUCGCCCUAAGGUAACCAGCAUGCAUGAUAUGUUCAUGAAGUCAAUUGUAAACAUGGAUACGAAGGAGAUGAACACUGCCCAGCUGGCCAAGUAUUUCCUCGAUGCGGCCGGUUCAAGGCAGCAGGCGACUGGUGCGGUUCAAGAAGUGAUCAGCGGUGGAAAUAGCAACGAGAAGCAACUGCAUGAGUUUAAUGAUCUGAGAAAGAAAGGGCUUUGCUUGGUCCCUCUCUCCAUGUUGAUAGAUUACCUAGGUUGAUUACUGUUCAUGUACUGUAAGAACGCUGGUUCAGUUAUAUGUAAUAUAUAUAUAUAUAUAGUUCGUACAUCACUCUCU